AUGGUGACGGACCCAGAGCAGACCGGCGACGAGGUCUCCCAGACCCUUCCCGCGCCGGCACCCGCGCCGGACAAGGAGAAGGAGAAAGAGAACAGCGGCUCGCAGAAGCCGGGGCGCCUAUUUGACGCGAAGCGAGACCUAGACCUGACCAGCCUCGACGCGCCGUCAAUCGCAGACCAAGCCGAGCAAGCGAUCGUCAAGGCGCUAGCAGACCUAAACCCGGCGGGGAUCGUGUUCCUGGCGGCGCGACACCGGCACUGGGAGCCGCACGAAAUGCCGGAGCCCGGGUCGGCCUUCCACAAGUACUACAAGUCGCUCAAUUAUUUUGCGACGUACCGGCGGUCGGAGCUGGUUGAAAAGGCGUGGGCGGUGCGCUACGAGCGCAAGCAUAGGCACACCGCGCCAAGCACAACGAUAGGCCACAAGCUGAACCCGCACCUGCCUCCGUGGCGGCAGGGAGCGAGCGAGUACUGGGGGCCUUCGAGAGGGGAGGUGGUGCCGCCGAGAGUUGCAGCAGCCACGCUGUCAGAAUGUGAGGAAGAGUCGGUCAAAUUUUACAUCGAACCCGAGGUUGAUGCCAAUCUCCUUUGGUGA